GUGCCAAUGAGAUGCAUUCUGGGAUAGUGUCAACAUGGCAGCCUGCAUGUUGUUCCUUGUACCCUUCUGAGCUAAGCGCUCAGAUUCUUAGAAUUUUGUUAGAUUUCCGUGAAAACGUCUAAAUAUGUUUCACUUACUUUGUAAUAGAGUCAGCACAACUGCACCGUUGCGCCCCCUCUACUCGCAUUUGAAUAGAACACAAGAUUUAUGGAGACAGCCACGAUCACGGCUAUACACAACACAAUUGGCCAAUGCAGGCAACUCCUCUGGACAGCCAAGUAAUGCUGCUGGGCGUAUCUGGGGUCUGGCUCAAGCAGCAGUCCGCCAAUCUGCCUGCUGGAUGUCAAGACCACCAGGGGGGGCCCUGAAGUACAUCUUGGGGCCAGUGGUUCUCACCAUCUCUGCUCGACUACUUGGCAGUGUAGCAUAUUGCCAGGGAGAUGUGAAUAACAAUGUUCUACUAGCGCUUCAAGCCAAAGAAACUGAGCCUGAGUUUGACUGGCAUAUCCUGUGGGAGUUUGUCAAACCCCAGCUUUUUGCCCUUCUUGGUGCUGUCGUGCUUGCUUUUGGUGCUGCCAUCUUGAAUAUUCAAAUUCCCCUGAUGUUGGGCGAUCUGGUGAACAUAGUGGCACGCUACAUGAGAGAACAUACUGGGAAUUACAUGAGAGAGAUGAGGGGACCUGCUCUGAAGUUGCUGGGAUUGUAUGGUCUCCAAGGUCUACUCACGACUGGUUACAUCAUCCUGCUUUCCAGGGUAGGGGAGCGAGUAGCAGCAGACAUGAGAAAGACUCUUUUCCAAUCUUUACUCAGGCAAGAUGUAGCCUUCUUUGAUUCCAACAAAACUGGCAUGCUGUUGAACCGUUUGACUGCUGAUAUUCAGGAGUUCAAGUCUUCCUUCAAACUGGUCGUCUCUCAGGGCCUGCGGAGUGUAACACAGACGGUUGGCUGUUUCGUGUCCCUCUAUGUCAUCUCCCCUAAACUCACUGGUAUGACAGUGGUGAUACUUCCCUGUCUGGUGGGGGCAGGAGCUCUGAUUGGCUCAUUCCUUCGCAGGCUGUCCCGAUUGGCUCAGGAACAGGUGUCGAAAGCAACAGGGGUGGCAGACGAGGCCCUUGGCAAUGUGAGGACAGUGAAAGCCUUCGCCAUGGAGGAGCGAGAGAUGCAGUUAUAUGCCUGGGAAGUGGACAAAUCAUGUGAGAUGAAUGAAUCUCUAGGCUCAGGGAUAGCUGUUUUCCAAGGAAUGUCAAAUAUCGUCCUGAACUGCAUUGUUUUAGGCACCAUCUUUGCUGGUGGGUCAUUGAUGGCAGGUGAUGAAAUGUCUCCAGGUGACCUCAUGUCUUUCCUGGUGGCUUCACAGACGGUGCAGAGGUCUUUGGCCAGCAUCUCUAUCCUGUUUGGCCAAAUGGUCAGAGGCCUCAGCUCUGGGGCCCGUGUUUUCGAGUACCUGUCUUUGGAGCCAACCAUUCCACUUUCGGGUGGAGGCCGCAUUCCUUACAAAUCUCUUGCAGGACGGGUGGACUUCAUGAACAUUACUUUCAGUUACCCAACGAGACCUGGCCAACAGAUCCUAAAGAACUUCAACCUCAUCAUCCCCCCCUGUAAGACUGUCGCAAUCGUUGGAGAGUCCGGAGGAGGGAAGUCCACAGUGGCCUCCUUGUUGGAGCGUUUUUAUGACCCCAGCAGUGGUGUGAUCAUGUUGGAUGGCCUGGAUAUCCGGACACUGGACCCAUCCUGGCUCAGAGGACAAGUCAUUGGAUUUAUCAAUCAGGAGCCUGUGCUGUUUGGCUCCUCCGUGAUGGAGAACAUUCGCUUUGGAAAGCCGGAGGCCACUGAUGCUGAGGUCAUCAAUGCUGCCAAGCAGGCCAACGCCCACCGCUUUAUCACAGGUUUUCCAGAUGGAUACAACACUGUGGUUGGUGAGCGAGGAGUGACUAUGUCAGGGGGACAGAAGCAGCGUAUUGCCAUUGCCCGCGCCCUGAUCAAGAACCCCAGCAUUCUGGUCCUGGACGAGGCCACCAGUGCACUGGACGCAGAGUCAGAGCGGGUGGUGCAAGAGGCUCUGGACCGGGCCACCACAGGACGCACUGUGCUCAUCAUCGCCCACAGACUCAGCACCAUCCAGAGGGCAGACCUCAUCUGUGUCAUGAGCAACGGACGCAUCAUAGAGGCUGGAACUCACACGGAAUUGCUGAGCAAAGGAGGGCUGUAUGCUGACCUGAUACGCAGGCAGAGAUCAGGGGGAGAGAAGUGAACACUACUUUGAUAUGGCACAGAACUGUAGGCCUAUAUCAUGAACUAGGGACAGCCUUUUCAUAAGAAAUGAAAAAGAUGCAUAGGUAUUAUCACUUGUUUUAUGUUGGUGUAAAGUUGAUUUAGUUUAAUGGUCCAAUGUCAAAUUCCAUUUUUUACAAGCCAAAUGUAUGGGUGGACCAACUGGAUUAUAUUUUAUUGUGGCCCAAGUAAGGCUGCUGAAAUUGCAAGUGUUUAUCAUGUGUUGUUUAUAGGAAGAGAAUACUAACUGUACAGGAUGUGAAUGUGGUUUUAGCAGGGUUACUUGGCCCUGUCCUGUGUCUGAACAUUUUGCAAAACUUUUAAUCAUUAAAUUCUAUUCAUCAUCUGUUUUCAGUGAGAGAGAGAAUGCUAAUUUGGUACAGAGCAGACCUAACCACUCUAUUAAAUUAGUCAAAACAGGAACAUUAUACAUCUGGCUAGAAACAGAAAAAUGUCCUUGUGUGCUACCUACAGUGCAUUCAGAAAGUAUUCAGACCCCUUAACUUUUUCCACAUUUUGUUACCUUACAGCCUACUUCUAAAAUGGAUAAAAUAUGUUUUCCCUCAUCCACACACAAUACCCCAUAAUGACAAAGUGAAAACAGAUUUUUACAUGCGUAUGUAUUAAAAAAAAAACGGAAAUAAACCAUUUACAUAAGUA